GCAGCCCGCCCGCCCCGUGUGUCUGCGGGACCUCCACAUUCUAAUUCCACUCUGCUAGGUUGUCAUCACACAAACAAUCUGAACAUGAAUUUCUUCUUGGAGACGCUGAAAGCGUUGUUUCUUACAAUUUACUUGAUGUUGGAAUCCCUCAUCUUGUGGAUCGUUCCAUCUCGGAGGAAGAAUGUUGCAGGGGAAUUAGUCCUAAUUACCGGAGCAGGGAGUGGAAUAGGAAGGUUGAUGGCGCUGGAAUUUGCCCGUCUUGGUGCAACGUUAGUUUUGUGGGAUAUCAAUCAGGAAGGAAACAAAGAGACAAGUAGACUGGCCAAGGAAAAUGGUGCUGUUCGGGUCCAUACAUAUGUAUGUGACUGCAGCAAAAGAGAAGAAGUCUACAGGGUUGCUGAUCAGGUCAAAAAAGAAGUUGGUGACAUCACAAUCCUGAUUAAUAACGCUGGCAUUGUAACUGGAAAGAAAUUUAUUGACUCGCCAGAUGCUCUUGUGGAGAAAACCAUGCAAGUGAAUUGUAUAGCACACUUCUGGACUUAUAAAGCUUUUCUUCCUGCGAUGAUGGCCUCCAACCAUGGCCAUUUGGUAAGCAUUGCAAGUUCUGCUGGACUUAUUGGAGUCAAUGGACUAGCAGAUUAUUGUGCCAGUAAAUUCGCAGCUAUCGGCUUUGCCGAGUCUGUCGGCCUUGAAAUGUUGGCGCUGGGGAAGACCGGAGUGAAGACCACUAUCGUUUGCCCCUAUUUUAUAAACACUGGCAUGUUCGAUGGAUGCGCAACCAAGUGGCCACGUUUCAUGCCUAUUUUAGAACCACAAUAUGCAAGCAAGAAAAUUGUGGAUGCUAUCCUUAAAGAACAGGUGCAUCUGGUCAUGCCACGCAGCCUGUACCUCAUAUUUGCUUUCAAAAACAUCAUCCCGACAAAGCUGGGAGUUGUUCUUGGGGAUUAUUUUGGAGCAUUUCAUUUCAUGGAUCAUUUCAAAGGCCGUGUAAAAAAGGACUAGAUUUAACCACAACGUACCAAGAUGAGAUGACCAAUGAAUGUAUUACGUCCAGAUGAAAUAAAAUAAAUCUUUCUUCCCACUU